GUUCCAGCUCCCCUGCUACAAAAAUGAAUGACAAUGACAUUCCCCGUCAUGGUGGGCGAGAGGAGGAAUGGAAACCUGCUCGUACAUCUGGGGCCCAAGCUGCAGGCCCACCCCGAGGAGCUGAUCCGGCAGCGCCGGGGCCACGAUGGCCACACCGAGUACCUGAUUCGCUGGAGCAUCCUCAGCUUGGAGGAGGGCCCAGGGAGCAGCACCAAUGCCUGUUCGGCGGAGAACAAAGCGGAGAACAUUCUGAUGUGGAUGUCGGCAGAGGAGGUUUAUGCCAACUGCCCGACGCUGCUGGGCAAGAGGAAGCCCGAGGGGCAGCGGGUGAAGGAGGAGAAGGCGCCCAGCACGUUCCCUCCGGAUGUCACUCUGGAUGAGGCCUCGCUGCUGGAGAUGAAGGCUGAUGUCAGGAACCUAGUGCAACGGGCUAGCCGGCAGAUGGCCGGGCCCAUGGGCCCAGAGUCCUGCAUCCUCAACACCAUCCACGUGCUGAGCGCCUAUGCCAGCAUUGGCUCGCUGACGGGCGUCUUCAAGGAGACCGGGGCCCUGGACCUGCUGAUGAAGAUGCUGUGUAAUGAAGAGAAGCAAAUCCGCCGCAGUGCUGGCAAGAUGCUGAGGGCCCUGGCUUCACACGACGCAGGGAGUCGGGCCUACGUUCUCCUGUCCCUGAGUCAGCAGGACGGCAUUGAGCAGCACAUGGACUUCGACAGUCGCUACACCCUCCUGGAGCUGUUUGCAGAGACCACGUCCUCCGAAGAGCACUGCAUGUCCUUCGAGGGGAUCCACCUGCCCCAGAUCCCUGGGAAGCUGCUGUUCUCGCUGGUGAAGCGCUAUCUGUGCGUCACCUCUCUCGUGGACAAGCUCAACAGCAGCGCGGAGCUGGGCGGGGAGCAUCAGGACUGAGCCGUGCCCUGCGCUCACGUCGGGGAGAGGAGCCGCAUGCAGCGGGAGUUCGAGUUCAGCAUGGCCAUGGCCAAUCUCAUCUCCGAGCUGGUGCGGGUGAUGGGCUGGGACCGCAGCCAGAGGAUGGAGCUGCUGUCCCUGCAGGAGGGGCAGCCGCGGGUCGUCCGCUCCAUCUUCCAGCCCAAGGCUCCCCCCUGCACCUCCGUCCAGGUGCCUCUGGUUACACCAAAGCCCUCGCCGUGCAAAAAGCAGGGCCCUGGGUUCCUGACUUUGUCUGACUUUGCCAGACGCAGCAGCUACGUGGAGUACGUGCAGGAGACCCUCAAGCCGGGGAUGAUGGUGCGCAUGCUGGAGGACUACGAGGAGAUCAGCGCUGGGGAUGAGGGCGAGUUUCGCCAGAGCAAUAAUGGCAUGCCCCCCGUGCAGGUUUUGUGGCAAUCUACAGGCCGGACUUACUGGGUGCACUGGCACAUGGUGGAGAUUAUUGGCGCUGGAGAGCAGCCUGAAGAAGCUACUGCCCAGGAAAAGGUAUCCAGUCUGACAGAGAACUUGACACUAACCACAGUGACCCAGACGUUUUACUGCAAGCCCCUUGGGGGGCUCUACUCCCUGCCCUAUCUGACGGACCGACUGAGCGAGGACUCCGAGGCCCUGAGCCGGGCUGAGUGGUGGGAGCUGCUCUUCUUCGUGAAGAAGCUAGACCCCCACGAGCAGCAGGAGGUCGCCCAGCUCAUCCGGCAGCACCAGGAGCUGUCGGAGCUGGAUGAAGAAGCCCUGAUCCAGCUGUCGGUACCGGUGGAGCUGGCCCAGAAAGUGCUGCAGGUGCUGAGCAAGCAGUGCCAGGGCUGCACACUGAGUGACCUGCACAGCUCCCGUGUCUACAGCAAGUACUUCCUCCGCCCAGGGGGGGUGCAGCCGGGGGGCCUGGGGCUGGACGCAGCCCCCUCGGAGUGCGCCGAAUCCCUGGUGUCCAAGAAACCAAAGACAGACCCUCCCACCGCCAGAGUGCCUGCCCCCGCCCCGGCCCCCCCGGAGAAAUCCGACUGCCAGCUGUUCAGCGAGCUGCUGCGAGUGGAGGGGCUGCCCUGCCUGGAGAUGGCGGAGGAGAAAGCCAAGGUGUUGUGCAGCGUGAAGGGGUCGGGGAAGAAGAACUCGUUGGAGAGGAUUGCAGAGGUGGUGGAACUGAUCCAGAGAUCCAGCUCCGAGGUGGGGCUGCAGCUAGCUGGGCUCAGGUUCAUUAUCAAGAUCCUGGAGGAGGAGACCGGGCGAGAGCGGCAGGUCAUCAAACCCGAGGGCAGACUCACCAUCAGGGAGAAGCUGGUGAAGAUGCUGGUGGAGCUGCUGACCAACCAGGUGAAGGAGAAGCUGCUGGUGGUGCUGGCGCUCCGCCUGCUCUGCGUGCUGAUGGCCAAGUACGACUGGCGCGUGCUCUUCGCCACAGAGGGCGGGGUGCGUGCCGUGCUGGCCUGCAUGCAGGAGUACGCCCCCUCGGCGCUGGUCCAGCAGGCUGGCCUGGAGGUGAGUAUGCGCCGGCAGCUGCGGGGCCAGGCAUCUCUCGGGGGGAGAAGUGUGGCUCCCGGGGGAGGUGGUGGCUGUAGUGGGCUCAGGUGGGGACAUGCCGGGAUCCUGUGUGGGAGAGGGUGGGAUGGGGUGGCCAGUGCUGGGAUCCCAGGGGGAUCCAGAUGCAUUGGGCAGCCUCGUGUUCUGUGCCCAGGGCUGGCGCUGCCGGCUCUCCUC